AUGUUCCGUCCUGAGAGGAUGGCCGAUUCCGGCAUUGAAGUGGAUUUUAUGAGCUGUGAUUAUUCGGAAAUUGACCCUGCUUUCGAUCAAAGCAGAUUUUAUGAUGUGAAGAGUAAAGUGAUCGUUACCAGCCCGGUGACAGAUAUUAAAGUUACAACCCCGCCUACGAGAACAAAUCUAAGGCAACAGCUAGAUAAACAACAGCUCUACCAACAAGAAAAACGUGAACAGCAAUUUUCGCAGUCAUUUAAAGUCAGCACUCAUGUCACAGGGUCUACAGGCAUUACAAUUCCAAGGGUGGUCAGCGCAUCACAAGUUCCGCCCAAUAUCUUGCAGGUCAAGACACCAUUGCAGCAUCCCACCAGAUAUCACGUCCAGGAGAGCCAGAAGAGGCAAGUUGAGCAUUUUCUGAGCAACGGUCACCAUGGUUCCCACAUCCCAGUUCAUUCAUUACCAACCAGCAGUGUUCCAGUGCAAGUACCUCAGCACAAUCAGUACCACCUGCAGGCGCCCAGCAGUGCUCCCCAGCCAGAUCUGGCAAACUCCUUCCUGACAGACCCCACAGAUGUAGAUUUUAACCCAUCAAACUUUGACCUGCUGCGAGAACUGCAGUCUGUGGAACCUUUAGAGUUGGAGAGCUUCCUGGAUGAUGACGAUCUCAGGGAGAUACAGCCGACAAUUGGGGAAUCCCUGAGAGAUGAUUUGUCACAAGCAGGCUUGCUGCAGCCACCAUUUGAUAGACUGGAUCCGGAUGGAAUGAUUUCAUCAUGUCCAACAGCAGCAUACAAUCAACAAUGCAGUAUGUCCCCAGGCCUGUCCGUGCAAGAUGAUAUGUGGAGGAAAGAGAGAAUCAAAAAAGACAAUCACAACAUCAUUGAGAGGAGACGACGAUUUAAUAUAAAUGACAGAAUAAAAGAGCUGGGUGGCCUUUUACCAAGAACCAUAGAUCCAGAUUUGAGACAAAACAAAGGGACAAUUCUAAAAGCGUCAGUAGAAUACAUCAAGUCCCUCCAAGAUGAUCAGAGAAAAUACAGGAUGGUUUUGGAACAGAAGAGAAAAGCUGAUAGUGAUCUACGAAAAGUUCUGCUGAAACUCCGUCAAAUGCAGUUUUUGAUAAAGUCCCAUGGAAUUGAGAACCCGCUGAUAGGAGAUGUGGACCUCCAGGGGAGCUUUAACAGUGUCAUGAGGACAGAACAACUGGUCACUUCGCAGGUGUCUUCUAGCGAUAGUCACGCCAUGUCUAUGAACACACAGAGCUUCACUUCCCUUCUUGCGGUAAGUCUCUUUUGUUCAGAUGAACUAAUGGAUGAAUGCUCAUCUGUCUGUGGAGACCCGAUGUUGUUAUCUGACCCGCUCAAUCCUGAUGCAGAUGACCAUUCGCUAUUGUUUGAUCACUUCCAAAGUUAA